CAGGUGCCCUGUGGUCAGGGUUGGACAGACCAUGUGGUGACUCUGGUGGUGGUGGUGCCGGUGCGGAGUGUGGACGUGCUUCGGCUGUUUCCUAUCGGCCCAGCCCUGCCUCUCCUUCCAGGACCCCUGUGAAUGGUCGAACCCAGCUGCCACCCCUCCCCCGCUCAGCUUGCAGCAGCUGAAGUAACGGUCCAGCGUUCGCUGCCGCUCCCAUCCCGUGCGUGGCUGCUCACCGUUGCCACUCGACAUGGCCUCUGGAGUAACAGUGAACGAUGAAGUUAUUAAAGUCUUCAAUGACAUGAAAGUAAGGAAAUCUUCAUCCCCAGAAGAAGUCAAAAAAAGAAAGAAAGCAGUACUGUUCUGCCUUAGUGAAGAUAAAAAACAGAUAAUUGUAGAGGAAGCCAAAGAAAUAUUGGUGGGUGAAAUUGGGGGAACUGUGCAGGACCCCUACACAUCCUUUGUUAAGUUACUACCUUCGACUGACUGUCGUUAUGCUUUGUAUGAUGCUACAUACGAGACAAAAGAAUCCAAGAAAGAAGAUUUGGUAUUUAUAUUUUGGGCUCCAGAGAAGGCAAGCCUUAAAAGCAAGAUGAUAUACGCUAGCUCAAAGGAUGCUAUUAAAAAGAAAUUUACAGGUAUUAAACAUGAAUGGCAAGUUAAUGCAAUAGAUGAAAUUCAGGACCGUAAUACGCUUGCAGAGAAACUGGGCGGCAAUGUGGUGGUUUCACUUGAAGGAAUAACCUUGCACAAUGACAAUUGAGUGCCAUCUUGACCCAAGGAGCUUCCAUUCCUGCAGCUCUAUUAUAAUUUGAUCAGAGUUGGAAUAGUUUAGAGUUUUUUUUCCACGUAAAGGAGAUCUCAUUAACUUAAAGCAGCCAAUUGGCGGUUGCGCUUAGACUGUUUGAUCCCUGUAGUUUUAUGUAGAAUCUCAAGGAAUGCUUUCACAUCGUUCAUUCUAGCCAAAAAAAUUGUUGUUGCAUGCAUUCCUUGUUCCUUGUACAAUGAAUGUGAACGUUUAUGUGAGUAGUUUAGAACACUAAGUAUAAACUUUUGAAAACCGUGUGUAUUGUCCACUGGUCAGGUGGUAGCCAUCAGUUCAUUACUGUAAUUGUUGAAAUUGCACUUGAUCACAGUUCCAUGAGGCUCUUGUGCAUUCAUAAUCCACUCCUGCCUUGAUAUAGUUUUGUCAUGGCAGUAUGUGUUCUACACUUUUCAUCAAAAGCACUUUUGGUAACACUUUUUGUUUUUAAAAAAAAGAAUAAGGAAUGCCAACCAAGUCUCUGUAGUUGCGUCAUCAGUGAAUUGUAGCUCUUGCAUUUUUCAUUCCUGUUGUGCAGACCUUAAGGAAGGAGUUGUUUAUGUUGCCUUUUGUUUCCAGUGGAAUGUACACUACUGAAAAAGAAUGGGAGUCAAAGUUUACCAUGUUAAUCUUUUUCAACAUUGAAAAGACAUGCAAAAUUAGUCAUGAUGGCAGUUACUGUAUACUGGAGCCUUAAAUGGAACAUUGUUUUUGAGAUCAGAAAUUUGGCCACGCUUACAAUAAAAAUUGUGUGGUUUAUGGCC